CGCGCGCACUCUUUAAAGUAGGGUCUGACCAAACUCACUAACACCGGUUCUCCGGUGACAUCACCACCCCUCUGGACUCCUGAUUGGAGGAGUUCAUUGGCUCAAUUCUCGCGAUGAUUCUCCCUCCAGGUCCUCUUCCUUCCCUCCCCUCGCCCCGACCCGGUAGUCGACUACAGACCACGCUGUGAGCAACAGAGACACCGUAGAACUAGACCAGCUUCCGGGACUCGUCUUGAGGGCUGCGACUCUUCUCGGACUCUCACGGGAACGAGUGACUACUGUUAAUUCUAUUUAAAAUGGGUGUAAAGAAGAAGAAAGAAACUCAAGUUACUUCAUUGACCGUUUGUCAUCAGGACCUUGAAACUUUGAGAUCUUUGGCUGAUGUAGAAGGGAAGAAUCUAGCUUCUUUGCUGUUACAUUGUGUACAACUCACUGAUGGAGUGUCACAGAUCCAUUAUGUUAAACAGAUUGUGCCCUUACUGGAGAAGGCAAAUAAAAAUGGCAAGUGUGAUCCCACUAUUCGAAGUUGUUUGGAUAUUUUAGCAGGCAUUUAUCUUUCUUUGAAUCUAAAGAAUCCCUUGAAGAAAGUCUUGGCAAGCUCACUAAAUGACCUACCUGAAUUUUUUCUAACUGAGGCUACACAGAGUUUUACUUCUCGUCUUCAGGAAGAAUUGAAUACUACUACUGAUCUAUACUCUUAUAGGAAAGUUAUUGACAAUAUAUCUUCCUGUAUGGAGAACUUUGACUUGGGUAGAUCAGGUGUUAAUAAUCUUCUUGAAAAUGUGCUUCAUUAUCUACAGAAGAGUUUAAUUGAAAUCUCAGAAGAAAACAGAAAAUUGGCUGGAAAUCAUAUUGUUCAAACUCAGUUGAUGAAUGACUUGUUGGUAGGCAUUAGAGUUUCAGUGAUGUUAGUACAGAAAGUACAAGGUUUCCAGAGACGUCAUUUGAAGAGUUCUCCUACAUGGCGAAGUAUGUGUGGAUUGCUGAGUAUCUUUACCAAGUUUUUAAGCGAUGAUGACCUCUUACAGACGAUUCAGAGUACAUCUGGAUUAGCUGUUAUUCUUUUUAUUAAGGCUAUGUUUCAUCCACCUGAAAAGAUUGCGGAUUUGAUUAGUAGUUUGCUCCUCCGUUCAGUGGACCACACCAGCAUCCCCGAGUGGCUUUUGAACUGCUGCAGGAGCCUUUGUGGUGCUGAUGUCUCCCAGUCAGCUCUCUUAUUCCUGUGUCAGGGGACACUCACCAUGUUGGAUUGGCAGGAUGGGAGGAUGGGCCCCAGUGGGGAGGCCCUGCUCUUGGAUACUGUGCGUGUUCUGUUCACCUUGAGUUCACAGAUCAAGGAGUCAACUCUGGAAAUGUUUCUGUCUAGAAUUUUGGCAUCUUGGACUAAUUCAGCUAUACAAGUCCUUGAAUCAAGUUCCCCAAGCCUAAAGGACCGUCUGAAUGGGAAUUCAGAUGUGGUUAGGAGACUUUUGGAAUAUGUCUAUACCCACUGGGAACAUCCAUUGGAUGCUUUGAGACACCAAACCAAAACCAUAUUCAGAAAUAUUCUCCAAAUGCACCAGCUUGCCCUGCAAGAGUCAGGUUCAGAUUUGGCUGCUGAUGGUUUCAUUUUUCAACUGACUGAGAGUCUUCUGCGAUUGGAAUGGCAUAGUAAAGGAAAGUACACAUGCCUUGGUUGUUUAGUAGAUUACAUAGGAAUUGAACAUAUUUUGGCAUUAGCUAAAACUAUUCCAUCGCAAAUCUUAGAGGUGAUGGGGGACCAGUCCUUGGUGCCUUAUGCAAGUGACCUCUUGGAAACCAUGUUUAAAAGUCAUAAGAGUUGUUUGAAAUCCCAGGCUGUUGACAGCACUUGGAUUGACAAGUGGCAUGAGACUUGGGUUUCUCCUCUCCUGUUUAUACUGUGUGAAGGAAAUCUGGAUCAAAAAUCUUACGUGAUUGAUUAUUACUUGCCAAAAUUAUUGAAUUGCAACCCUGAAAGCUUAAGCUACAUGGUAAAGAUUCUUCAGACUUCUGCUGAUGCUAAAACUGGGUCUUAUGACAGCAGAGGGGCUCUGGGAGCUUUGAUGGCUUGUCUACGAACAGCUAGAGCUCAUGGACAUCUUCAGUCUGCAACUGAUGCCUGGAGGGACCUUGUGUCCAGUGCAAGAAUAAAGCAAGGCUUAAUUCAUCAGCACUGCCAAGUACGGAUCGAUACGUUAGGCUUGCUUUGUGAAAGUAAUCGAAGCACAGAAAUUGUUUCCACAGAAGAAAUGGAGUGCAUUCAGUUCUUUAUCACAUACAAUCUUAACAGUCAGUCUCCAGGAGUGCGGCAACAGAUUUGUUCUCUUCUUAAAAAGUUGUUUUGUAGGUUACAGGAAAGUUCUCAGGUACUUUAUAAACUGGAACAAAGUAAAUCCAAACAUGAACCAGAGAAUGAGUUAACCAGACAGCACCCUUCUGUAUCUUUACAGCAAUAUAAGAAUUUCAUGUCAUCCAUUUGCAACAGUCUUUUUGAAGCAUUAUUUCCUGGCUCUUCCUACCCAACUAGAUUUUCAGCUUUAACCAUUUUAGGCUCAAUAGCUGAAGUUUUUCCUGUGCCAGAAGGUAGAGUCCAAACAGUAUAUCAGCUGAGUCAUGAUAUUGAUGUUGGUCGUUUCCAAACGCUAAUGGAAUGUUUAACUGGCACUUUUGAAGAAGUGAAAAUUUUAGCAUUUGAUCUUCUAAUGAAGUUACCAAAAACAUUUGUACAAUUUCAGGAUUCAGAGAAACUACAAGGCUUAUUCCAGGCAGCACUGGAGCUCAGCACAAGCACCAAACCAUAUGACUGUGUAACAGCUUCCUACCUACUGAACUUCUUAAUCUGGCAGAACGCUCUGCCGUCAUCUCUGUCUGCUUACUUAAAAACUCAGCGGGUUGCAUGUGGAGAUGGAGAUAAGUCUGCUGCUCUGGUGGAAAGUAACACAUUAAUAGUUAUCAAAUGCUUGUUGGAAAAUCUUGAGGAAGAAGUAUCUCGGGCUGAAAAUUCUCUGCUUCAGGCAGCAGCAUCGUUUCCAAUGUACGGGCGGGUCCACUGUAUAACAGGAGCUUUGCGGAAGCUAGCUCUAAACAGCCUGCAGUUGGUGAAUGAGUGGAGACCCGUGGUGGAGAAGCUCCUUGUGACGUCCUACAGGCUUUCCGCCGUGGUGUCUCCAGUUAUUCAGAGCUCCUCCCCAGAAGGCCUCAUCCCCAUGGACACUGAUGCAGAGUCAGCAAGCCGCUUGCAGACGAUUUUGAAUGAGAUUCAGCCCCGAGAUACUAAUGAUUAUUUCAAUCGAGCUAAAAUUUUGAAAGAAUGUGAUAGCUUUGAUUUGGAGGACUUGAGUGCCAGUGUACCGAAUAUUGAUACUUCUGCAGAAAUCAAAGGUAAAGAAGGAAAAACAUGUGACGUAACUGCUCAGAUGGUGCUGGUAUGUUGUUGGAGAAGCAUGAAGGAAGUCGCUUUACUGUUAGGCUCACUGUGCCAGCUUCUACCCAUGCGGUCUGUGCCAGAAUCUCCUGAUGGAUUAUUGACAGUGGAACAGGUAAAAGAAAUAGGAGAUUACUUUAAACAGCACCUUUUACAGUCCAGGCACAGAGGAGCAUUUGAACUGGCUUACACUGGCUUUGUGAAACUCACCGAAAUCCUAAACAGGUGCCCUGAUUUGAGUCUGCAGAAGCUACCGGAAGAGUGGUUAUGGAAUGUUUUAGAGGAAAUCAGAUGCAGUGAUCCUUCAUCUAAACUCUGUGCUACAAGACGCAGCGCUGGAAUUCCUUUCUACAUACAGGCAUUGUUGGCAUCUGAACCUAAGAAAGGCAAAAUGGAUUUGUUGAAAAUAACUAUGAAAGAGUUAAUCUCUUUGGCUGGACCUACAGAUGACUCACAGAGCACAGUCCCUAAGGUUCAUGCUUUAAAUAUCCUUAGAGCCUUGUUCAGAGAUACACGUCUGGGAGAAAUUAUUACCCCUUACAUUGCUGAUGGAGCUAAGGCUGCAAUUCUGGGCUUUACAUCACCAGUCUGGGCAGUGAGAAAUUCAUCCACACUUCUCUUCAGUACGUUGAUCACAAGAAUAUUUGGAGUUAAAAGGGGAAAGGAUGAACUUUCCAAAAAAAAUAGGAUGACAGGGAGUGAAUUUUUCUCUCGUUUCCCCGAACUCUAUCCCUUUCUUCUCAAACAGUUGGAAACUGUAGCCAAUACCGUGGACAGUGAUACAGGAGAACUAAACCAUCAUCCCAGCAUGUUUCUCUUACUUUUGGUGUUGGGGAGGCUCUACCCUUCCCCGAUGGAUGGCGCCUGUUCUGCUCUCAGCAUGGCACCUUUUAUUCCCUUCAUUAUGAGAUGUGGUUGCUCACCUGUCUACCGCUCCCGUGAAAUGGCAGCUCGUGCCUUGGUCCCAUUUGUUAUGAUGGACGAAAUCCCUGAUACCAUCCGAACUCUGUUGGCCAAACUCCCCGACUGCACUGACCAGUGUUUCCGGCAAAAUCAUAUUCAUGGGACACUUCUCCAGGUUUUUCAUUUGUUACAAGCCUUCUCAGACUCCAAAUACAGAAUGAAUACAUACUUUCAGCAGGAGCUGGCUGACGUCGCUGUUUGUACUAAAGCCAAAAUCUGGCUGGCCAAGAGGCAAAAUCCAUGUUUGGUGACCAGAGCUGUGUAUAUUGAUAUUCUCUUCCUGUUGACUUGCUGUCUUGACAAACCCUCAAAAGACAACCGGCCAGUUCUGGAGCAUCUUGGCUUCUGGGAGGAAGUCAGAAGGAUCAUUCUGGGAUCAGAGUUGAUAACCGGAUUCCCCUAUACCUUCACGGUGCCAGGCCUGCCCCAGUACCUCCAGAGCCUCACCAAACUGGCCAUUGCUGCAGUGUGGGCAGUAGCGGCCCAGGCUGGAGAGCAGGCAAGGGACGUUCCCAUCUCCUUCUCUCGGCUGUUGGAGUCUUCCUUCCCUGAAGUGCGCCUGCUGACGCUGGAAGCCCUGUUGGAAAGGUUCUCAGCAGCAGCCUCGGGACUAGGAGAGAAGGGACUGCCGCCCUUGCUAUGGAAUACGGGAGGGACAUUCUUGAUGUUGGCUAUGAAGGAAAGUCACCCAGAAUGCCUCUGCAAGAUACUGAAAAUUCUCCAUUGCAUGGACCCCAGUGAGUGGCUUCCUCAGACAGAGCGCUGUGUCCAUCUAACCCCAAAGGAGUUCUUGAUCUGGACAAUGGAUAUUGCUUCCAAUGAAAGGUCUGAAAUACAAAGUGAAGCUCUGAGACUCGCCUCCAAAGUGAUUGCCCACCACAUGCAGACGUGUGAGGAGACCAGGGACUUGGUGGCCCCCAACCUGAAGCAGUGGGUUCAGUUGGUCCUCUCUUCUUGUGAAGAUCAUCUUCCCACCGAGUCCAGGCUGGCCGCUGCUGAAGUUCUCACCAGCACUGCACCAUUUUUCCUCACCAACCCCCAUCCCAUUCUUGGACUGCAAGAUACGCUUGCUCUCUGGAAACGUGUCCUCACCCUCCUGCAGAGUGAGGAGCAAGUAAUCCGAGAUGCAGCCACAGAAACCGUGAUGACUGCCAUGUCACAGGAAAACACUUGCCAGUCAACAGAAUUUGCCUUCUGCCGGGUGGACGCCUCCAUCGCACUGGAUCUGGCCCUGGCUGUGCUGUGUGACCUGCUCCAGCAGUGGGACCAGCUGGCCCCUGGACUCCCAGUCCUGCUAGGAUGGCUGUUGGGGGAGGGUGAUGACCUCACGGCCUGUGUGGAGACUGUGCAUCAGGUGGAAGACUACCUGUUUGAAAAAACAGAAGUCAACUUUUGGGCUGAGACCCUGAUCUUCAUGAAAUACCUCUACAAGCACCUCUUCCGCCUCCUCUCCAAGUCCAGCUGGCGUCCCCUCAGCCCCGAGAGGCUCUGUCAUCUUCAGAGGACAGCGUCAGAGCAAUGCCACCUCCUUUCCCAGCUCUUCAGAGAGCUGCCACCAACUGCUGAGUUUUUGAAGACGGCGGAGUUCACAAGACUGCGCAUUCGGGAGGAAAGGGCUUUGGCUUGCCUGAGGUUACUGGCGUUUCUGGAAGGAAAGGAAGGGGAAGACACCCCAGUUCUCAGGGCUUUGGACUCUCCUGCAGCAGGGAAUCAGUUAACUCUUCCAAGAACAGAAACGGCUUGUUGAAGAAAGACGACUUGUGGGGUUGGGGGUAGGGUGGAUUGUUCCCCCAGUCAAUCUGCAGGAAAAUGUUGAACAGAAACUUAAGCGUCUUCUCCCCUUCACAACUCCCCCACUUCUGUGAGUCUAGUCUUCUGUCCUACAGAGGACUUUUUCUUCAGUUCAGUCAUUCAAGGCAGCCUCGUUUAUUGCAGCUACUGUAGGACGUGAGGCUACCACGUUGAAUAUUGACUCUGUUCCCAGGUGCAGGCCACCUGCAGGCCUGAAUUAGCCUUUUUCAUCCCCCAGGACCUCCAGUGUCCAACCAGAGCCGGCCUACAUUUUUCUCUGAAUUGACUACACAGAGUUGGGUUUUAACACAUGAUUUCCCCCCCCCCUUUUCUGGCUAGUUGUGGGAGCUGGAUUAGUUGGCAAACAGCCCACUUGGUCAGAAUUCCAAAUUUUAUUCGAUUUUAGCAAAGGCAGAAAUGUAUUCCAAAUGUUGGAUCCUGGGAGAAUUAAGGAUCGACUUCAUACAAAUAAUUUUGUUUUUACUGUCUGCAUGUUUAAGCCUUCAGUGACCUACACAUGCCAUCCUAAUUAUUAAAAGAGCCAUUAAGAGCUCCUACCCCCCUCUCCCCACCAUAAAAAGUAUCUGUGCUAUUGUUAGGAAAACAGAUUCACCACCCAGUGAAAUCAUAGACUCUUGGCUGUUAGAAGGAACCUGGGGAAAGGAGAGUCAGAAUAAAUGACUUAUUUGACGCCUA